UUUGGUUCUAAAAACUAGGAGUAUAACUCUGGGUUUCAAAAACUGUUUGUUUUAUGGGGAAAUCAAUUGUUUGCACGACGAAAGGCCAAGACUUUGCAAAAGCAGUCCCAUCAGACAAACUCCACGGGCCAAAACACGUCAAACCCAUAUCCAGAAACAGAGUUUCUUGCCGCGAAAAGGCGAGGCCGAGUGGCGUCCGUCUCAACUCAGAGCGAGUCAAUCAGAAGGCAAUGGAUAAUAAUAAUAAUACCUGGGGUGACCAGGACCGGGUUCCGCUGGCUCAGGUGGUUUCCGAGUUGGUAAAAGGAUGGUUCCAAGACACUCUUAAGGAGGCCAAGGCCGGUGAUACCAACAUGCAAAUCCUUGUUGGACAGAUGUAUUGCAAUGGCUAUGGUGUUCCUAAAGAUGUUCAACAGGGGCAUGCUUGGAUCGGUAAAGCUUCAAGGAGCAGAUCUUCCGUAUGGAAAGUUAGUGAUAAGCGUCCAGGUUACAACGCCAGUGACUCAGACUCUGAUGAACCGAGGGGUGAUGCACAAUGAGCUUGAACUUGUAUUCCUUUUAAAAUUGUCAGCAAAUACGUAAGUUGUAUUCAAUUGUUGGUUCUCCAUUUCUUGUUACUUGAAAGAAUCAAAUAAACAGAAAUUUUCCUCA